AGCAACUCCAUACCUUCUCCUCGUAGACUUGCGAGUAGAUGCUCCUCCAGAUAUCUAAUCGCUUCUUCUAGUCUCCAUCUACUUACCUGUCUUCGGAUGAGGGUAGCUGGAGUCCGACUUAUCCCCAGACCAAGCACUUAAGCAUCCGAUCCCUUUAUUGGUAUAAGAGACGACGCUGCUCGAAUUGGCCCUUGCCUUCUCUACCACAGAUAUCUGCUACAGGUCUUUGUUUUGGGGGUGCCUUUUUUCUUCUAACUAUCCCCGAAAGAAUAGUUUUUAAAAGGAAAUCACUACAUCAUGAUCCUCUCCAGUUUGCUUUCUCCUUACGUUCUCCUCCUCCUCCCAGUCCUAUACUAUAUUCUCCCUUACAUUCGCAAUUGGUCAAUCCGAAGCAUUCCUGCUCCCUUCCCCGCAGCAUUCACAAACCUUUGGUUGUUGUGGCAGUGCCGGAAGGGUGUGAGGUAUCUCUCCGUCGAUGCCGCCCACAAGAAGUACGGCACAUUGGUUAGGAUCCAACCCAACCAUGUGUCCAUUGCGGAUGCAGAUGCCAUCCCACAUAUCUAUGGCCAUGGCAAUGGAUUUUUGAAGAGCGAGUACUAUGACGCAUUCGUAUCGAUUCGUCGCGGCCUCUUCAACACUCGUGAUCGCCAUGAGCACACUCGCAAGCGCAAGACCGUGUCCCACACGUUCAGUGCCAAAUCCGUUGGCCAAUUUGAGCAAUACAUGCACCACAACCUCGAGGAGCUGCGCAAGCAAUGGGACCUGCGAGCCGCUACCAAGAAUGGCGGUUUCUAUCAAAUGGAUGCCCUGAACUGGUUCAACUAUCUCGCCUUCGACGUCAUCGGCGAUCUAGCCUUCGGUGCUCCGUUCGGCAUGCUGAAAGAGGGACGGGACUUUGCAGAGGUUCGAGCUACACCCGAUAGUGAGCCAACCUUCGCGCCUGCCAUUGAGGUUCUAAAUAGACGUGGCGAGGUAUCUGGAACGCUCGGCUGCCUCCCUCAACUCAAGCCCUAUGCAAAAUACCUGCCCGACCCAUUCUUCUCCAACGGCAUCAAGGCUGUCGAGAACCUUGCCGGAAUUGCAGUUGCCCGCGUCAAUGCCCGUCUCCAGAAACCGGAUACCGACCGUGUCGAUCUGCUCGCCCGACUGAUGGAAGGCCGCGACGAGCGUGGCCAAAAGCUAGGUCGUGAGGAACUCACAGCGGAAGCGCUGACACAGCUCAUUGCCGGAAGCGACACUACCUCCAACACCUCCUGUGCGCUGUUAUAUCACUGCCUCCAGCAUCCGGAGGUGGUCCGAAAACUUCAAAGAGAAUUGGAUGAGGCCAUUCCUGAGAAGGAUGUGGUGCCAAACUUCGCGAGCGUCAGGGAUCUCCCGUAUCUCGAUGCUGUCAUCAAGGAGACGAUGCGUAUCCACUCGACCUCCUCGCUCGGCCUGCCCCGCGUCAUCCCACCAGGCCCCGGUAUUACGCUCAAUGGCCACCACUUCCCACAAGGUGUCGUUUUGUCCGUACCCGCCUACACGAUCCACCACUCCAAAGAGAUCUGGGGCGAGGAUGCCGACACAUUCCGACCGGAACGCUGGGAGAAGUUGACCGAACAGCAAAAGGGAGCUUUCAUUCCAUUCAGCUACGGCCCAAGAGCGUGCGUGGGCCGGAACGUGGCUGAGAUGGAGUUGGCACUCAUUGUUUCCACUGUAUUCAGGAGAUAUGAAUUUGAGUUACGGCAAGGAGAGAUGGAGACUAGGGAAGGUUUCUUGAGGAAGCCGCUUGGCCUUGAGGUGGGCAUGAGGCUAAGGAAAGAUUGAAUUCCUCGCCACUGGUAUCAAUAGAGCGACUUGUAUCAUUAUUUUGUUGCCAAAUCGAGAAUCCUGAAAAUAGUCCAUAAGUCGUAAACGGCCUUCAAAGGAGCUUGCGCAUACGUAUUUAUCUACCUGCCUAACUACCUACAAUAC